GGUCACACAAAAAAUCAAACGGCAAAAUGGCGGCCUCGGACCCAAAAUCGUGGCGAAGUGAACUCAACAAUCAUCCGUUGUUUCUGCAUCUCAGACAAGGAGAGGACGAUUCAAAAUCAAACAGAGCAGAAGCUAGAAGUCUGGUGGUAGUUCAGGACGGGGACAUCUUUGUCUGGAACGGACGAGGCUCGAACCUGGGGACAGCGAACUUGAAGACUCUGCUACAAGAUGAGGACGAAGUUGGAAAACGACCGCUGAAGUUUCAGACCCUCCUGUGUACCGACCCUCCCCUGUCUGAGGUGAACCAUGUCACGUUCAACCCCACGGGUAACCACAUCGCCCUGUGGGGGGGUGGGGGAGUCAGCGUCAUGGAGGUCCCCAGGAGGUGGGGAAAACAUGCUGAGUUCGAGGGAGGCAAGGACAAGGUUAACUGCAGGUCUUAUCCAGUAGCAGAGAGGUUGUUUGCUACCCAGAGUUCCUUGCAGCUGUUGCAGGUAGACUGGCACCCAGGCAGUCCAUCAGACACACAUCUGGUCAUCCUCACAUCUGACAAUGUACUCAGAAUAUACGACAUAGAGAAGCCGGACAGCCCGUACCAGUCCUUCCAGCUGGGAGAGUUUGCCGACAGUUUCUCUCUUCACUCCUCCAGCAGUGCCACCUUCAACCAAGCACUGGGAGAGACUGCAGUUUCCUUUACAUUUGCGCCCCCUGUUGAUGUGCCCGUGCAUGACAAGUUGAAGUGGAAGGGCGACCAAGCCAAGAAGACAGAAACCAUGUACCCAGUCUUUGUCCUCAGGGGAAACGAGGAUGUGUAUUAUUUACUGACAAGUUUAGAACAGAAAAGCCCAAAAGUGUGCCUCCAAGGCCCCCUAACCAUGCACCCACCUGCUGAUGAUAACUACGGCAUCGAUGCCUGUUCCAUCCUGUGUCUGCCAUGCAACCCACCUCUGGUCGUCAUAGCAACCACCACUGGCAGACUGUACCAUUGUAUUGUGCUGCAGGGGGAGGAAGAGGAUGAUGAUGACAGAAGGUCUGAAGUAUCAUGGGCAGGUAGUGAUGUGAGCACCAGAAGUGCCCUGGACAUGCCCGAGCCAUCCCUGUACGUGUAUGAGAGUGUGGAGUUGGAGCUGUCCCUGGGGGGAACACCAGACGACAUAGACAGUUACCCUGACUACCAACCAGACAACUGCCCAAUCAGGCUACACCCUGAUCCCAGUUCUGAUGGAAGGUACCAUUGCUCUCAUGCGAUGGGGGUGCACAGCGUGGCUCUUCCCUGGAUCAGCAAACUUCAUCGCUUUUCCCAGUCAGAUGAAGAAGACAAAGACAGCCUCCUGGAGCUGAGCCGUGACCAGCCCUGUAUAGUAGAACAUCUCGUCUGUACCAGGCCUGUGCCAUCCAGUCCCCCUGCCCCCAUACUGGGAGUAACUGUGGUGGGAGACCAGCUGCUGGGCCCGACCCUCCUGUGUCUGACAUCUGACAUCACCUGCAUCGCCCUGCCUCUUCUGACACACUAUGCGGACCCACCUCCCCCCACCCUGUCCUCCCUACCCCCCCAGCCUGUCACCUCCCCCCUGAGGAAGCUGCACUCCAAGCCGUUUGACCAACACAUCAGGGAUAUCUUAAGAAGAGAUGCCUCCAACCCUAUCCUCAAGUCUAUCCCAAAGGGUGCGCAGCCGUCAGAUCAGGAAUGUUUCCAGCUGCUGACUCGAGCGACGCAGGUGUUCCGGGACGAAUACAUUAAGAAACAGUACCUGGCAAGGGAAGAGGUGGAGAAGAGAGUGGACCUACUGAAGGAACAGAAGGCCCAGCAACAGUCAGACCUGGACACACUACGGGAGGACAGGAAGAGUCUGACCGAGAUGGCCGAGAAACUCGCCGAGAAGUACGAAGAAGCCAACGAGAAGCAACAGGAAUAUUUAAAAAGAGUGGAGAAUGUUUUGAAGAGUCUCCAAGCCCGGCUGCCUGUCCUGUCUGAUGCUGAAGUCAACAUGAAGAAGGAGUUAGACUCCCUGCAGGAGAAACUCAAACACCUGAAAAACUCCACACAGCAGGUGAAAACUAAGUGGGACUACCAGAAAAGGCAGGUUACCCAGCAGGCUCGGCAAACCUCCAGCCCUGCUCUCAGCCAAUCACAGACCAAGCACAUGAAAGAACUGCUCAAGCAAGAAGGUGACAAGAUCGGUGAGCUGGUGAAACAAGUCAACAGUAUGAGACUACAAUGUGGUGUAUGACAAUGUCAACACUGGACCAGAAAAACCUGCCGUGCUGUCGUCUAUUUUCUACCGUACCUUCUGCCUUUUGUCCAUUUCUUUGAUUAAUGUAAUAAUGAUGGUACUGUGAUUUUCUGGGAUUUAUAUAUAUAUGUUAGUGAACUUCAGCUUAGUUUGUAUAUUAAGUUCAUUAUUGCAGUCUUUUGACUGUUUUGAAUCAAAAGCAGAUACUUAGUUACAUGUAUACGCUGAUUCACAGUUUGAACUGCAGAUGUGGGAGGUCAAAGGCAAAGGCCCCUAACUUGUAAACAGUUCUGAUCUGGACCAUUUUGAUGCCAUGUCCAAACAUGUUUAAAGUUAAAACUUUUUG